UUAUGAUUUGGGCUCAUUAUGCCACAUCACGUCCAGCUCAGCCCAAUUAGGAUUUUUCGGCCUUAUCCCAAAUGGACAGCCCGAAUCCAAGCCCAAUCUGUCGCCAUUUCCUAUUUCUCCCACCCAACGCAGCAACGCUGCUUCUUUCUUCCUCUCCUCUUCCAAUCUCUCUCCGUCUCUUCUCUUCUACCACCCAUCGCUGCUCUUCCCACUUUCUCUCCUUCCUUCCUCGGCAUUCAUUGCAGCAAUCCACCUUCUGUUCUGUAGAGGUACUGAAGAAGAAGAAGAUGAUGAUGAAGAAAGAACCAAAGAGUGCAUGAGUGUUUCUUCAAUGCUUCAGGAGCCUGUUCUAGCCUUCUCAGGUAGAGUGAGCAGUGAUUAAAAUCCAUCCUUUAUCAUAUGAGCAAACCCAGGCGUCGGAUACUGGAAGAAGGGCGAUUCUUAGUUUUGUUUAUUCAGCUCGUUGGAACUUCCAUAGAUUUGCGGGGGUUUUGGCCAUGAGCAGCAAGAAAGAUGGGGAGUUGAGCUGCAGCAAUGUGUCAGCUGGUGGACUCGUGUGGGUACGUCGUCCUAAUGGCUCAUGGUGGCCCGGCCGUGUUGUUGGCCUAGACGAACUGGAGGCGAAAUGUGUGGUUCCACCGAGAUCAGGGACUCCUAUCAAGCUUCUUGGUCGGGAAGAUGGAAGGACUGGUAUAAUCUUGCAAAAUCAGCUCGUAUUAAAGCGUUUCGUUGUGGUGAAUUUGAUGAAUGCAUUGAGAAGGUCAUGAUUUCUGGUGUUCACUCAAAGAAACGCUCAACCAGUACAGGAAAGUACAUCCGCAGAGAAGAUGCUAUUCGCCAUGCUUUGGAGAUUGAAAAGCCUCAUGUUCUUGCUGGAAAUCAGAAUGGCUCAGGAAAUAAUGAUUCUUUAUCUUUAAGAAAGAUGAUUUAUGAUUUUCCUAAAAGGAUGAAGAUGUAUAAGCUUGACAAACAACCAAGUCAAAUAACCAGGAAAGUUGAUGUUCUGGAAGAAGAUUCAGCUCGAGAGGUUGCUCAACCUUUGAUAUCAUGUCAACAGAAAAAGAAGCUUAUUUACACUGAUAGUAAGUUGAAAGAGAAAAAGAGAAGGAAAACUCCAAAUGAUUCAGAGGAAAAUGGAGGGAUAAAGCGAAUGAGAGAUCUUCAGGAUAUAGGAUUGGGGAUUGCAUCAAAUCGAAAGUCUAAUGUGCAUGUUAACAAUUGGUGUUCAACUGAGCUACUGCCUGCCUCUCACCAUGUUGUUUCACUCAGUGAAUCAAACAUUAGUGAUUUUUGUAGUUCGAGUUCAAUAAAAAGAAGAAAAUAUUCUGUUUCAUCUCUGAAACGGAAGCAAUCACAUGUUACACAAGAUCAUGAGAACACAAAGAUAAGAAAUUGUCAGCGUUCACUAAGUAAGAAAUCUAAGGUUACUAAAGUUAUACUUCCAUCAUAUGGUUAUUUUGGUGGUUCUUUCCAAGGACAACAGCCAUCUCUUUAUGAACUUACUACAAAUAAAUUGAAGGAAUCACCAUCUGCUUCAAAGGCCUCAGAUGUGCCUGUUAUAAUUAGCCCACAUUAUUCAGCAUCUUCAAAUGAGACACCAUUGAAUCCAUGUGAGAACAUUCACAAGAUGGACAGUACAAAAUUUGAUUCUGAAGUGAAGGAUUUUGAACUUGCAAGCAUGUUGGAGGUUAUUGACAAUGAAUGCUCUAAUGCCCUCAUUGACAUACCAUUGGUUGUGAGGGAUUAUCUUAGAGAAGAUCUUUCUAUCACGAUUGAAGACUUGCCGAGUAAAGACCUUGAGUGUGAUGCAGCAGAAAACCAACAUGGCAUGUCCAGCCAGGGCAAUCUUGUAUCACACUACACUGAAGGACUUGGUGAGAGUAGCUUUACUGGAAAUGCAUAUCAAGUAAAUAACAUCAGGAAAAAGACACAGAAGAAAACCUUGCAACAAUAUUUGAAUGGGAAGAAGAACCUGAAUGGAUUAAGGUUUAACAAAAAUGCAAAUUCAAAAGGUUGCAUAAACAGAGCUGAUCAAUCUAGCAAUUCCUUGAAGGAUAAAGUGCAGGAGUCUUCUGUGGGUUUUCACUGUACAUUGGAGAGCCAAUCGUUAACCUUUGAUCCCUGUGGUCAGUCGGUCAAGGAUGACUCGAUCUCAGAGGCAGAAGGCAUUGCCCAAGAUCAGAUCUCUGGUCCUCCACUCUCCGGAAAUGUUAGUUACUCCCAAUCAGGUGUUGUAGCAAACAACGGUUCUACACAUUCAAGAAAUCAAGAUAGAUUCUCCAAGAUAUGUUUUCAGGUUUCCACUCUUCCAAGACAAUUGUUUCCUGAGGACAAGCUUUCCCUCACUGACCAUGCCAAAUACAAGGUUCUCAGGAAACUAAAAUAUACAGGUUUAGAUUCACAUCUGUUUGAUGUUGAAGUGACUGUAAAAUCACACUAUUAUGGAUCCUAUGUGCCGCUAAUCUCUCUCACGAGUAAAUUGAAUAUUAAAGAAAUUGUUGGCCACCCAAUACCAAUUGAGGUAGUGAAAGAUGGCUUUACUGAUACCUUUUUGACUAAGAAACUUGCUUGUUCACCGGAGAAUAAGAGUAAUGCUUUUGUGAACUCACAACCAGGAAGGAAACACAAUCAUACCAAUGUGACUUCUCUGAAAAUGAAAUAUUCAGAAAGUAAGAAAUCAAGGUUGUCUUCCAGAAAGAUAAGAAGGCUGUCAUCAAUUAGUGUUGACGGCAAGAGGGGAGUAGAGAGAAAAAUGGUGGCUAAAAGGUUGGCUGGAUCUACUAUUGCAUGUGUGCCAAUCAGACUAGUCUUCAGUAGAAUCACGGAAGCAUUGAGCUGCUCAUCUUUAUUGACAAGCAUCAGUUAACAUCAAGAAAUGAAGAACAUGACUAAACAUGCUUCUGCUUAUAUGUAUUCGUAUCUAACUAGUUCCUAACAGUGUAAAUGUUCACGGCUUGCUUUACGGGUGUGCUUGUAUCCUUAUCAGAUUACAGUCCGUUGGGAAAGAGAAAUUUUUGGGGCUUCAUGUGGUUAGGUUGAUGAAUUUUGCCAUUCUGUGAUUUAAUACUGUUGUAGGCAUGGGAAACGGAGACACCUCCAAGUUUUGAUGUAGUGAAAUUUCACCAAAAUUUUAACUUUUGUUGCUCGGUGAG